AUGUCCUUUGCCCAUUUCCGUCUGCUUAAUUUGGUUGGCGUGAGCAGGGAGUGCCUUGACCGCCGGUCACUCCUCCCAUCGCAGCAACCGGAGCAUAAAUUUUUGUCAAAGUUCUCAUUUUCGCCCCUAACCGCGGCAAAUGACGGGGAGGCAACUGAAAGCCUCACAGAGAUCGGGAAAACGGAGCCAGACAGCCUUACUACCGCUAAAAUCGCAUAUCCCGGACUCGUUAUUCCAUUCGCCCAUGACGAGGAUUUCGACUGCAACGCAUUGAUCCAGGCGACUUACACAGCCGGACUUGACCACCUCAAACAAUCAAACUUCGAACCCUCAACAGGAACAUAUAACGCUGAAAAUGCUCCAUUUGACAACGUAGCGGCCAGCAAUGUGGCGUUUCUGCUGUCGGCGAAAAGCACAAAGGUCUCAUGCGCCGCCACCAAAGACUGCAAAGCUGGCCACGACGUUUUAUCCUGCUACUUCAUAGAUCCACUUCAAACUGGAGACAAGCCUUUCACAACCGAGCUUUACAAUGCCCUCUGGGGAUUAGAAACAGGCGCAGCGUUCAUUUCGGUUCCCAGCGCCGCCACCGUUCUUCUUGUCCUCGCUUUGGUCAUUCGGAAUUGA